GAGGAAUCCAUGAGAUUCAUUGUGUGUAUGAGUGCAUUGGACUGCUUCGCACGAAGUCUUCUUCCUGAAUUUAGCAAAGUAUUUCCAUUUGUGUAAAUAUUUUAUGAAUAUUUACUUUGGGAGUUGAAAACUACUUGCUGAUUAUGGCUCAUCAAUAUUCAAAGGAAAAGUUAGAUGAAGAAUUUGAACAAUUUAUGAAAGAGUCUCUUUCAGAUGAUUCAUUUGAAAACUCAAAAAAGACAUAUAAACACCACAGAAAAAGAGAUUUGAAAAAGAAAAAUUCAACACCAUGGUGGUUAACAGAUGAUAAUUUUGAAGAUGAUGGAGCACUUGGAACAAAUGUAAGCUUUUUGAAAGCACCAAAAGUUUCCCAGCAGGUUGUUGAGAUGGAAGAAGCUGCUGGCAAGGUACACCCCUGCAAGAGCAGUGGGACUUCUGUGAUAAGCAGAGACAGUUUAGAAACAAAUGAUUCAGUUAUUGUUUCUGGGCCAAAUCUUGGCAUUUUGGGAUUGGACACAUUAGAAGAACAAGAGGAGAAAGAAAGAUUUUUUGCCAGACUGGAAAAAGGCCUCACAUCUACCAUUGAUUAUUCAAAAUUAAAUAGGGCAUUGGAUUCUAAUGAAUCUACACAACUUAAAGAUUUGUUCAGAGAUAAAACCAAAACGGAAUCAACUGAAGAUGAAAAUGAGGAUGAUUCUAAACAUGAAGAAAUAGCAGAAAAUUACAGUGAUGAUUUUGAAGAUGAUGAUGAUGAUGAUGAUGUUGAGGUAUUGUCACUUACUGAAAAGGAAGAAAUUCAACACAAGCAAAAUCUCAAAAUAGAAGAGAUAAGUGCUCCAGCUGAGAAAGAAGAGAAAACUGGCAUGCUAGCUAAUGUGGUGCUGCUUGAUUCAUUAGAUUCAGUUGCUGAGGUUGAACUUGAUCACCGAAGUAAAAGAACAACCACAUUACAAGGACAGCCAGAUGUCACCGAUAAUGAAAUGACUGGGACAGGUGUGUCUUAUGGUCAGAGCAACAGUGAGCUGGAAGCUCUGCAUCAGGCUUACCAUCAUAUUGAUCAGUCUUUGGGAGACACAGAUGAACCAAAAAUUGAAAGCAGUAAGAGCUUAAUGCAGGAGGUCCCUCAGGAAAUGGAUGAGUACUCAAAAAACAUCUCUACUCCUGAAUCUGACCUUCCUACUGUAGAGGAGCUGAUGAAGCCCAUUAGAAUGGAUUCACUACAUGGGAACUUUUUUGGCGGGCAGCCUGUCAGCAUGAAAAAAACGAUUGAAAGUAAGACAACUGAAUUUGUUAGUCCUCUUCCUCUAAAGAAACAACCUCCUGUAAUAUCUCAAGAACAGCAGCAGCAUUUGGACCAGCUUAUUGAAAUGAAUGAGAAGAAUAUAUUUUUGCAAAAGGCUACAUACAAUAUUAGUGAAAGUAGUUUGCCAAAAGUAACUUCUACUGAAGAACAUAUAGAUAAAGCACAACUUGAUCUAUUAAGAAAAAAACUAGCCAAAGAGGCUUCAGCCUUAUUUCAUGGUAACAAAAUUAAUCAAGCCAUCAAACCUCAGUUACCUCAGCUGAGUUCUGGGGAGGAUGAUAUCAAUCCUGUUAUCAAUAAACAGACACUAUACAAGAGGCCAACAAGUACACCUGCUUUACUUAAGAGAAAAUCACAAAGUGGACCCUAUGCAUCUGUCAGAAGUUCAGGAUACGGCAAAACAUAUUCACCAUUUAAAACAUCUGCUACUGAAAAGAAAACAUCAAAGGACAUUAUAAAAAAGGAAAAUUUAAAAUCCAAAUCUCCUCCAUAUAAAAUUAGGCAAAAAGGAACUUUAUUUGCAACAAAGCUAAUAAGAUCUGGAGCGACCAAUAAACCAGUGACCAAAUCUGAAAUUUGCCUAACAACUCCUAAUAAACCACCUGUUAAUAACCUUCAGAUACCAGUUCCUCCAGAAAGAGACUCCCAUAUACAGUAUCAGGAUGAUUCCAUUUUAUGUUCUAUGGGAAACCCAGAGAGAGAAUUGUAUUGGCUAAAAAGGGUUCAAGAGGCAGAAGAAAAUUGGAGUGGAGCUCAAGCCUUAAUUGAACAACUUAAAGCUACCUUCUCAGAGAAACAGAAGGAACUUGAAAAUAAGAUGAAAGAACUAAAGGAACAACAAAAAAAAGAACUUCUUAGAGUGAAUCAAGAUAAUUAUAUACUUCAAGCCAAGUUGAAUAGCUUUGAAGAGGCAAACAAAAAGCUCAAGUGGUUUGAUGCUGAAGAAGCAGCUAGUCUCAUCUCCGAAGAAAAAAUUAAAAAAAUCCAAAAAGAAAUCCAAGAACAGGAGACCCUUCUUCAAGGAUAUCAGCAAGAAAAUGAAAGAUUAUAUAAACAAGUGAAAGAGCUUCAGAUACAAAAUAAGAAAAAUGAAGAAAGACUUUUUAAAGAAAAUCAGUGUUUAUUGACCGAGUUGGCUUCCUUAAAAGAACAGAUGCAUAAAAACAGCUUCUCAUCUCGAGUAGUUCAAGAUUCAGAGUCAAACAAAAACCAGAAUUUUACAGAACUGCUUGCAGAACUUCGAACAACACUGAAAGAAAAAAACAAAUUAUUAGACGAGAUUAAAAUUCUGAAACAAGACAAACAAGCUCUUGAAGUGGACUUGGAAAAGAUGAAAAAAGAGAGAGAUCUUGCUAAGAAUCAAAUUAUUUACGCAUCAGGUGAGAAAUUGCAUGAGAUAAACGUCAUAGAAGAAGCUCAUAAACAAGAAAUCAUUUGUUUGCAAAAGAGAUUACAGUGGUAUGCAGAAAAUCAGGAACUUUUGGAUAAAGAUGCUCUUCGGCUAAGAGAGGCAAAUGAAGAAAUUGAGAAGCUCAGACUCCAGGUUGAAAAACUGAAAACAGAAGCUGGAAAUCAGUCUUCACAACAGAAGUUACGUCUGAAAGAUAGAGCAGUUGAUGCUAAAAGAAUUCAGGAUCUUGAACGACAAGUUAAAGAAAUGGAAGGCAUUCUAAAAAGAAGAUAUCCUAAUUCAUUGCCUGCUUUAAUAAUGGCUGCAUCAGCAGCAGGUGAUACAGACAUUUCACCUAAAAAUACAGUUGAAUUUAUGGAAAAACGAAUAAAGAAAUUAGAAACUGAGCUUGAGGGUAAAGAUGAAGAAGCAAAAAAAAGUCUUCGUUCUAUGGAACAGCAAUUUCAAAAAAUAAAGAUUCAAUAUGAACAACGAGUGAUGGAACUUGAGCAGCAGCUUUCCUGUAAAUUAACAGAUGAGCAAAAGAAACAUGAAAACUCAGCCAAUGUGAAGGCCCUAGAACAAGAACUUUGUGACAUGAAGGAUGCCCAUUUGGCAACUGUAAAAACCCUUGAAGCUGAAAUAGAAAGUCUUAAAAGUCAAAAUGCCCAGUUAGAACUCAAGAAGAAUGAAAAAGAUGAUAAAGAUUUCCAGUCUUUAGAAUUCCAGGUAGAACAGGCUCACACCAAAGCCAGAUUAGUAAGACUUAAUCAGGAACUGGCUGCAAAAGGAAGAGAAAUACAAGAUCUUACAAAAACUGUAGAAAAACUUCAAAAAGAGAGGCGACUGAUGUUGUCCAAUCAGAACUCAUCUGACAAGCCCAGAUGUGAAGAAAGGUCUGCCAAAAAGGUGAAGAAGGAUCUCUUGGUCUUCGGUAAAAGGAAUGCUGACUCCUUUCCAGAAACCUUGGAUAGCAAAUUGUAUGAACCACAUGCCUUUGCUGAUUUCCACAUAUCAGAAGUUUUACAAGAAAACUCCAGAUUAAAAAAUGAGCUAGAACGACUGACAUCUGAAAUGAAUGAGCAGAGGGCAAAAUCCGAAGCAAUGCUAGCCCAGGCUGAAAGUUCAGUGAAAAGAGCCAAAGAAGAUGUAGCAGAGCACAUUGCAGCCCUUAAAGCUUCUCACCAGAGAGAAGUAGAAAAACUUCUUUGCCAACAUGCUAUAGACAAUUCUUCUUCCAAAAUAGCUGAACUAAAUCGCAAAAUAUCAACACAAGAGGUUCUUAUAAAACAUCUCCAAACACAAGUUAGUGAGCUGCAGGAAAGUACAGAAUCCUUAGCAAUAUCCCAAGUUCGAGAGGAAAUCCUCCAGAAAGAGAUUUCAAAGCUGUUGGAAGAAUUGCGAGAGGCCAAAGAAAGCCACACUCCCGAGAUGAAGCAUUUCAUGGCGCUGGAAAGGAAAAUCAAACAGAUGGAGAUGCGCCAUGUGCAAAGGGAGCAAGAACUGCAACAGAUAAUACAGCAGACACGCCAGGUAGUGGAAACUGAGCAAGAAAAGGAAGUGGCGAAAUGGAAGAGGCUGGCCCAGCUCAAGAACCAGGAGCUCGAGAAGUUCCGGGUGGAAUUAGACUCCAUAUUAGACGUGCUCCGAGAGCUGCAUCGAAAGGGAGUUGUUGUUCCAGCUCCUUUUUCUGAAGCAUUGAACGACCCUGAAUAUUAAGGUUUCAAGGGAAAAGGUGUGCGUAUGCCUGGAGGAGAAAAAAGAGACAGAUCUCCUCCAGAAAGCCAGAGCCCACAGCCAGAGGAUUUCUACCAGUUAU